AGUUGUCGUUCGCGUCAACGAUAGCCAUGUACCGCGCCAUCGCUGUCCCCAGACAAACUCCUAGGUCUACUGGCAGAAGUUUGGUCAGGGCGACUCGAAGGCGACUGACUACCACUCCACCCGCCGAACCUAUUCCCGAGCCAAAGAAGACCAAAAGCGUAGUACGAAAGUUUUUAUUCUACUCCGUCGCCGGGACUUCUGCCUUCUACAUCGGGAGCACCUUCGCGUCGUACGAAAGUCCUCAGUACCGCGAGUUUUUCAGCCAGAAUGUUCCCCUGGGUGAGGCCCUCGUAGAAUACGGCGCAAAGCACGGCUGGGACGAGAUUACCAUCCAGAAUAUUGUCAUCUCUACGGUUGACGCAGUGAAAUACGUGUCUGACUUCGUACAGAAGCAACUGGGGUAUCGUCCUUCUGAGGAUGCGGCAACCAAGGAUACACCGAAGGAAGCAGCUCAACCCGUCCGCGAACGUGCAAAGGAUGCACACCAGGAGUCCAAAGGACGUGUCAAAUCCUUAGCGACUGCUCUUAAAACCUCUGUGGAGAGGUCCGAUGACCAUGGCACUCCCGAGGCACGAAAACCCACCGCUACUGCGAGGUACAUGGCUGUCAAGUUUGCUGAGGAGCUCGAAGACCUCAUCAGGAAAGCUGAGGAAGCUCUGGAAAAGAAGUAUCCCGAACUGGAGCCUGAAGUGACUGCUGCGGUCGACCAACCUAAGGCAACGGAAGUCGAGUUAGUCAUCGUUCCAGAGUCGAAAGACAAGAACGUAUACGAGGUUCCUCUUCCUAUUGGCUUCGAACCACCUCCAGGAUAUGUUCGCCCGAGGCCUCAGAAGCCAAAAGAUACCGCCAGCCCGCCAACCGAACCUGUGCCUACACCCCUCCCUCUUGUUGCCCCAGCCGUGUCGGACGUAGCUGUUUCCGAGCCCGUGGUGUCCCACUUGGCGCAUACAAUUGACAACCUCGCUUCAUACCUGAACUCUGCGCCAGCAGCAGCGGAGAAGGCCAAGGAUGUCCUUGAAACAGCCAAGGUUGAUCUCCGAGACCUCGCGUCACGCAUAGAGCGAAUCAAGGAAGAAGAACAACAUCAGUUGGAGCAGAAGUUAGAUGAACAGGCCCGCGAAUACAACACCAAGCUAUUGGAGCUGGAGAUCGAGGCCCAGGAUAAGCUGGACUUGCAACAAGAGGACUUCAGGAAGUUCGUGGAGGAAGAGCGCGUAAAGUAUGCGCAGGCAUACCGCGAAAAACUGGCGAACGAACUUAAGACUCAGACGGAGCUCAUUAACGAACGGCUGAAGGAGGAGGUCAUUGCUCAGGGAAUAGAGAUGCAACGACGGUGGAUUCGAGAGGUCAAGGUGAAGGUCGAGGAAGAGCGCGGAGGACGACUUGCCCGGCUGGAGGAGCUCGCGACUAAUCUCAAACGCUUGGAGAGAUUAGCUCUCGAUAAUUCGUCUUACCUCGACGAGAACAUCCGCGUACAUGCCUUGUGGACUGCAGUGCGUGCCAUGCAAACAGCUGUGGAUGCGUCGGUGCGCAAACCAUUCCGUGAAGAGCUUCGGGUCCUACGUCAUGUCGCUGUUGCCAAGGACGACCCUGUCUUAUCCACCGCGCUAGAUUCCAUCGAAAAAACUGAUAUUCCAGACGUCGGCGUUGAACCCCUCGUCGACCUCACUUCUUGGUUCACAACGUCUGUCGCACCCCGCGUGUCAAGCGUUGCACUGGUGCCCGACCGCAACGCUGGCGUCCUCUCGCAUCUUGCUUCUCAUCUUCUUACCUCUUUCACUUUCCGGAAACACGGGCUUACUCCCGGGAACGAUGUUUUGAGCGUGUUGGCCAGAGCGGAGUAUUAUCUGAACGAAAAGGAUCUGGAUAGUGCAACACGCGAGUUGAACCAGUUGACUGGGACGGCCAAGGAGCUUCUCCAUGAUUGGCUUGAGGCUGCACGGAGAAGAUUGGAAGUACAACAAGCGCUGGAGGUAAUACAAGUGGAAGCGACUCUUGCCUCGCUGUUAGUUGUAUAGACCACGGAUGCCAGUAAUAUACAUAGAUUAGAAACCCAUC